AUGGGCUGUAUCAAGUCCACACUGAGCAGCAGGCUAAACAAGGCCGCCGAGGAGAAGAUAAGCCAGCAGAGAAACAAUUCCUUGUUGCCUGGCCAGGUAUUUCAAAGAAUGGAGGAGCAAAACAACACUGAAAAAAUAGUGGUGGGCCUUUACCCGUAUAAGGCUGAACAUGCUGAGGACCUAGGUUUCAGCAAAGGAGAAAAGAUGACAAUUCUUGAGGAACAUGGUGAGUGGUGGAAAGCAAAAUCACUGAAAUCUAACAAACAGGGCUUUAUCCCUUCCAAUUAUGUUGCCGAAGCAGACACUAUGGAAACAGAGCAGUGGUUUUUCAAGGAUAUUACUAGAAAAGAUGCUGAAAGGCAGCUGCUGGUGCCAGCAAACAAACCUGGUGCUUUUCUUAUCAGAGAAAGUGAAACUUCAAAAGGUAGCUAUUCAUUGUCCAUCCGCGAUGCUGAUAUCCAGGCAACAGAAUCAGUCAAACAUUAUAGGAUCAGAAUGUUGGAUAAUGGUGGUUUCUACAUUUCUCCGAAGAUCUCGUUCCCUGAUAUCAGCUCGAUGAUCAAACAUUACCAAAACAAAGCAGAUGGCCUUUGUCGCAAACUUGACCGUCCAUGUGUAAAGCCCAAAGCUCAGAAGCCGUGGGAUAAAGAUGCCUGGGAGAUUUCCAAGGAGUCAAUCACGAUGGUGAAGAAACUUGGAGCAGGACAGUUUGGAGAAGUAUGGAUGGCUUACUACAACAACACGACCAAAGUGGCAGUUAAGACACUGAAGCCUGGGACCAUGACCGUGGAAGCUUUCAUGGAAGAGGCAAACAUCAUGAAAACCCUGCAGCAUGAAAGGCUUGUGCGCCUCUACGCAGUUGUGACAAAGACACAGCCAAUAUAUAUCAUCACUGAAUUUAUGGCAAAUGGCAGCCUACUAGACUUCCUCAAAAGUAAUGCAGGCUGUAAACUGCAACUACCCAAACUCAUUGAUUUUGCCGCACAGAUUGCAGAAGGGAUGGCAUAUAUAGAGAGGAAGAAAUACAUACACAGAGACCUGAGAGCAGCUAAUGUUCUUGUGUCUGAGACUCUGCUCUGUAAAAUUGCAGAUUUUGGACUGGCGAGAGUCAUAAGUGAUGAUGAGUACACUGCCAAAGGGGGAACCAAGUUUCCCAUCAAGUGGACCGCGCCUGAGGCCAUUAACUAUAGCUCUUUUACGAUCAAGUCUGACAUGUGGUCCUUUGGAGUGCUACUCUAUGAGGUUGUUACACUUGGGAAAAUACCCUAUCCAGGUAUGACAAAAGCAGAAGUGAUGUCCUCGGUGCAACGUGGCUACAGGAUGCAGUGCCCCGACAACUGUCCCGCUGAACUGUACAACAUUAUGAUGUCUUGCUGGAAUAGCGCACCGGACGACAGGCCUACAUUUGAAUACAUGCAGAGUGUCCUGGAUGACUAUUACACUUCCACCGAAAGACAGUAUCAGCAUGAACCUUAG